GAAAUUGGUCAUAGAAUAAAAAAAAAAAAGAGAGAAAAACGGCCAAAGUCACACGACCAUAAUAAAAUAUCGUCACUCGGCUCCACACAUGCUUACUAACACACUGGCCAGUGGUGUCCAGCUGCCCGAAGCGGAGAGCCUGCUGUGGAUGUGUGCAGCCCUCUGGACUUGGUGGGAGGGGGACAAGUUUCCCCACAGACAAGCUUGGAUCACUGAGAGAGACGAUGCCUUCCUCCUGUAGCCCAGCCUCACAAGCCGCUCAGUGGAUUUGGUGAUUUCCUGAGAUUAUUUGUGCAAGUUAUUCAACGGGACUGAGAGAGAUCUGAGCCAGAGGAUGCUCCCACAGGUCAUUAGGAUUCUGUAUGUCUUGUCUUUCUGCUUUUUCCAAGGAGGCUUUAUCAGACUGAGCUCCUGUAAGGAGGAGAUAAAGCCCCCCAGCAGGGCAGGACCACAGCUGUCGCCUUCUGACUUCCUGGACAAGCUCAUGGGGAGAACGUCAGGAUAUGAUGCCCGCAUCAGACCCAACUUCAAAGGCCCACCUGUGAAUGUCACCUGCAAUAUUUUCAUCAACAGCUUUGGGUCCAUCACAGAAACAACCAUGGAUUAUAGGCUCAACGUCUUUCUACGGCAAAAAUGGAACGAUCCUCGGCUGGCGUACAGCGAAUACCCAGACGACUCCCUAGACCUGGAUCCCUCCAUGUUGGACUCUAUUUGGAAACCCGAUCUAUUCUUUGCAAACGAGAAAGGAGCCAAUUUCCACGAAGUCACCACCGACAACAAACUGCUGCGGAUCUUCCAAGACGGCAGCGUUCUGUACAGCAUCAGGCUGACUCUUAUCCUGUCCUGCCCUAUGGACUUGAAGAAUUUUCCAAUGGACAUUCAGACCUGUACCAUGCAGCUUGAAAGCUUUGGAUACACCAUGAAUGACUUGAUCUUUGAGUGGCUCUCCGACAGUCCCGUUCAGGUGGCUGAUGAUCUCACCCUCCCACAGUUUGUACUGAAAGAAGAGAAGGAUUUGGGCUACUGCACCAAGCAUUACAACACAGGUAAAUUCACCUGUAUUGAAGUCAAAUUCCACCUGGAACGGCAAAUGGGCUACUAUCUGAUUCAGAUGUACAUCCCUUCCCUCCUCAUCGUCAUCCUCUCGUGGGUCUCCUUCUGGAUCAACAUGGAUGCUGCACCAGCCAGAGUGGGCCUGGGCAUCACCACGGUACUGACCAUGACCACCCAGAGCUCUGGAUCCAGAGCCUCGCUGCCUAAGGUGUCCUAUGUGAAGGCGAUUGACAUCUGGAUGGCGGUAUGUCUACUGUUUGUGUUUGCUGCCCUGCUGGAGUACGCAGCAGUUAACUUUGUCUCGAGGCAACACAAGGAGUUCAUCAGGCUGAGGAAAAAGCAGCGGCGGCAGAGGAUAGAAGAGGAACUGGUGAGGGAGAGCCGUGGGUUUUACUUCCGAGGUUAUGGCCUGGGUCACUGCCUGCAAACCAAGGAUGGUACAACGGUGGAGGGCGCCACUGUCUUCAACCCCCCACCUCCAGUUACCAUAUACGAUGGCGAGGUACUCCGCAAGCGCUUUAUCGACCGGGCCAAGCGCAUUGACACCAUAUCCCGAGCUGUCUUUCCUUUGAGUUUCCUCAUAUUCAACAUCUUCUACUGGGUCACCUACAAAGUGCUGCGACAUGAGGACAUCCAUGCAAACUUGUAAUACGCUGUCUGCCUAUAUCCCGCCCUUCCCCCUUAAUGUUAAUUGCUAUAUUUUAGAAUUUUUUUUUUCUCUCAGAACCAAAACUGCCUGUCAGAUCUACAUUACAAGUGAGGAAAACGUGUGUCAGAGGCAUAUCUGCUUCGUAAACUAUCGCUGUUGAUGCUAUAAACUUUGUGCUCAGGUGCGUCUUCAGGAUCUCUGACAAAGAGUCACAAAGCCUGAGAAAACAGAGAUAAACUGUGUGGAUUCAGACUGGUGUUGUUGCUGUUUGUGAUUGCCCUCUCGUGUUUGUCCCGGUUUGAUUCGCCAGGAUUACCGCAGAGACAAAACACUGCUGGUGUCUUGUGAGAUCGUGACCUUUGUCUGAGACAAUGGCUAAAAGCAGAGAUCAAAAGAAGGCGAUGUUGGUCCUGGCCGGAUGAGACAUACUGACUUGAAUUUUGACACUACGCAUCUUUGAAUGAAUGUUUUUGAAAAUUCAAAAUAUAAUGGCUUUUUUACACCUUUAGAUUGCCAAACAAAUGGGUUGACGGGGGGAAAAAGGGGUCUUUGAUAUUUAAUGUAUUCAAUGGGUGGUGAUAAUUCAUUUUAACUACUUAUAACAAGAGAUUAUAUAUAACAGUGUAUAAACUGUAUAUAAACAAAGCUGUUAACUGACUGCACAAAGCACAAAUGUGUAUUUCUUUUUGUCUAAAUUCUAAAUUUAAAUAAAUCGAUAUUCU